AUGAAAGACCUGGUAACUGCAUUAUCACUAGGAGCAGAAGCUAUUCUAAGAUCCGACGAAGGGUGUUUGGACAUAGCGAAAGAGACGGAGGAAGUAGCCAGGUAUAUAGCACAUAAUCUGGAUGAGAGAGAAGAAUUAGUGAAUAUCGACGAUGAGAAGACCAUAUUCGAAGCAUUAUCGACAUUUUGGGAUGGUCUAGCGCAAUCUUUCGAUCCUAGUCAAGCGGCCUAUAACGAUAGGAAAGGAUGGGCAUCAGAGGAUUCGAGGAUCCAACUUGCUUUGGCAUUAGGUAAAUUGGAGAGGAAUUUGAUAGCUGCAUUACAGCCAUUCCAGAAUAGAGCUGAACAACAUGAAGUAUCGAUAAGAAGGUCGAUAUUCAAUAUCACAACCUUUGUUCGAAUUGAAGAUCAUAAAUUUUUCACACUCCGAUCGGUACUUGCCCAACUACUAUGUAAUCUAAUUUCGCCAUCUCCCUCUCAAUCAGGUGCAGAUCGUAUGGCGGAUAAAUACCUUAGAGUGUAUCUUUCAGGACGAAGAGAGGACGAUGUGAUAAUACGUCUACUCGACUCAAGGGAUACAAAGACAAAUCACGCUACUUUACAUCUACUCAACAACAUGGUGAAAGAUAAUGAAGCUAGAUUGAAAUUGCUCCUGUCAGAGCCAGGUAUAAGGUGGUUAUCCAAGAUUUUAAAUCGGAUGGACGAAUGGGUAGAGAUCCAUGAUGGGUUAUUUGAACUUGGUGCAUCAAUAUUCAAUUCCAUCAUUGAUCUUUCCCUCCAUCCUCAACUAUUCGACCUCCUUGGCACGACCUCAGAAGUGAUCACACCUUCUCAGACCGUCUUACUAAAAAUACUCGACUCUCACUUAUCAUCUUCCCCCCUGUCAUCUCCUUCUCCAAGUCCACAUUCGUUCCUCAUCCCGCUCUUCCACAAUUUAGCGAGGUACACAAUCAUAAGUAUCAAUUCAGGACAGGAUGAUCCGAGGUUGCCUAAGGUGUUUGAAGGGUUGAUAUUGGUUUGUGAAGGGCUGAGUGCUAUUGGUCUAUCGGUUCAGGCUAUGAAAGAUUCCAAGGAAGUUAUAGAUGAUGAUUUAGGGGGAGAUGAGGCUAUGGUAAAGGUGAUGAAGAGCGGUAAGGACGGAGGAGAGGGAGUGGUCAAACCCUCUAUAGAACUGCUACGCUCCCUAGACACGUUCUUCCCCCGUAUCAAUCCUCGAAUACAAUCUACCUCGUCCGCGACAAUCACACCAAUAUCAGAAGAAUUGAAACCGUUCUCCAAUCUAAAACGGAAUAUAGUCCAAUUACUCGGUGUGCUUACUUUCGACGAUACCUCUGUGGGAGAUCAAGUCAGAGAAUGUGAAGGUGUACAGUUGAUUUUGGGAAUGACGGAGAUCGACGAUAAUAAUCCUUACCUGCGUGAACACGCUCUUUUUUGCGUGCGGAAUCUCAUGCUUAAUAACCCCGAGAAUCAGGCGAUAAUAACACAAAUGAAUCCUGUUGGAGUCCUCUCACCGGAGAACGGCGAGAUCUUACCUGUGCCAGAGAAGAUGAGGAAGAAGCCAUAG